GUUCCAAAAGACGGCCAAUACAAUUACACAGUUUCAGUGAGCACCCAAACGCAGCUCUUUGUCCCCUUCAGCUGAAUCAGCUCUACAACGCCCCUCAGUUAGCAGAGAAAGAGAAGAGAAUAUUGACGAUCGAGCAUGGGAGGAGGUGAACAUGCACACGGAGAUGGGGCCCACGGAGACUUCAGGGCCAAGGUGUGGAGCAUGAGUGGGGGUCCGUACUGUAGGCCCAAGCACUGGAAGCGCAACACCGCCAUCGCCAUGGCCGGCAUCUUCCUUGUCUGCAUUCCUAUCGCCAUGAAAUCUGCCGAGCUCGAGCAACGGCCACAUAAUCCUGUACGCCCGAUCCCAUCACAACUCUGGUGCAAGAACUUUGGAAAGAAAGACUACUGAGUUUAUUUAGGACCGUUGGGUGAAAGCAGUACCAGCGGAGGUUGGGUAUCUAAAUCUUGCAGCACGCAAAUUAUUCCUUGUAUUAGAUGUUUGCAGAGAAUAUGAGCAGCCUUUUAACACAUGUUGUGUACAUGUUUUCGUAAUCUUGAAUUUGUUAGUGAUUAUGUGAGUUAUUAUUCACUUUGCUAUACUGUCAAUCUCCAAAAUAAAUUGUCUACCUCUGUGUCUAGCUUUUGUUAAUAAAGUAUUUGAAUUGGCCUUGGUUGA